AUAAUUGAUACACAAGAAACUGAGUCCUUAAUUUACUUGUAUAUUUGGAUUUGAAUAUCUGUGUGUGUGCAGGGAAACCUGUCAGCUUCGAAGACAACGCAACAAUGGCGAUCUUCGUUAGGAUUUCAGGUAUUGGUUCACGACCUUCACUAGGAUUUCAGGUAUUGAUUCAAGACAAUGCUUCAUUUUUUGUUUGAUUAACAUACUCUUCUGUCAUGAGGAUGAAAUACAACCUUUGAUUAAGAUCACUUUGUAUUUGCUUGUUGUUCUUACUUUGGUAUCUCAUGUUUGCGUUACAUUGAAGCUGGGAGUUUUUCUUAGAAGUUUAAACGUAACUUUAUUGUAAAUUGUAGCUAAAAGGGUUGUGUUCAGAUAACUCUUGAAUACAUUUUCAUUUGUUUGACAUGAGUUUUUGGUCCAUGUUCGGUUUGACCCACGGUGCCAACCUGCGAACACGACUCUUUAGUAUCCCAGGUGUUUAUAAACUGUUCAAAUCAACCAAAUCGCGGUUCACCUUGUUUGAGAUUUUUGUAGUUUGAUCCAUGGUUUAAGAUUGAAAAAAAAAAAAACGGUUUAAAGAUUCGACGGACGAUUUGGAACUUGAACAAACUAUGUAAACUGAAAUUGUACCCGUUCAUUUUCCAAAACAUUUCUGACCCGUUACCCUUUUCGACUCGUCCUGCCCAUUUCGCCAGGUAUGCAAAUUAGUCUACAGUUCCAACCGAAUUUCUUAAAAGGAGAUAUAUGUUUUUUUUCUGUAUUUCAUAGACUAAGAUAAUAUAUAGUAGAUGACUAUUGACUAAUUUUAAAAUAUAAUAAUAUAUAACUAGCUAUAAAUUAUAAGUUUUGUUUGGUAAUACAUAUUGAAACUAAAAUAAAAAUGAUAGGAAAAUAAGAUUUAUAUGUCGAUCUUGCAGCACUGACAUGGGCCGAUCUGUUAGCUGCAUUUGCAAUGUAGGUGAUGAUGAAUUACUUAACAAAUGUUUGGAAUCCAAGCACUACACAUGCUGCUGGUAUCAUCAACAUUUGGAAUGGAAUCACAUCAGUUUUGGCCAUCGUGUUUGCGUUCUUUGUUGACGCCUUCACUGGCGACUUCUUUAUGCUUGUAGUCUCGAGCAUUGCCUACAGCGUUGGACUAGGAUUACUAUCCAUGUCAACACCAGAUGUUUUUGGUCCAUGUAAAGAUGACAAGAAGGAAUGUAUUGGGCACACACAAAAAGUCUUGUUCUAUAUAGCUUUACUGUUGAUCGCGGUCGGGAUGGCCGGUCAUAUGGUCUCGUUAACGCCCUUUUUGGAUCUACAAACGAAGGGUGAUGAAGAAAACAAAGAGGAAAAUGUAACGGAAAAUGAAAAUGGGAAGGAAAAGAAGUCUAGAGGGGAAACUAAAGAGGGAUACAAAAUAUUUAUGCAAAUACCGGGUUUGAUUAUGGUUAUGAUUGUAAUAAUCGCGGGAGGCAUUGGACUUCCAUAUGUAAAGCCGUUGAAACUCCUGUUUGGGAUUCCGGCCAUAUGUUCAGUGGUGGCAACACUUUUAUUCUUUAAAGGAUGGCCAUAUUACGAUUGUGAUCCACCCAAAGGGAGUCCAUUAACAACUAUGGGAGUUUUCGUGGCAUAUUACAUGAACUAUUUAUGUAAUUUACAAUCUCUUUUUGUCCACAUUGUUUUCGAGUGCUUGGACAAGGCUGCUAUUAAGGUCCCAGAAGGGCAACAACCGAACAAAUGGAAGGUUUGCAAUGUGCACGAAGUAGAAGACACCAAAAUUGGUAUUCGUAUGCUCCCAAUGUGGUCAACCUUCAUUGUGGUCGGAAUAGUGCUUUCUAUCGGAAACACUUACUAUUUGGAGCAAGCUAAUCACAUGGACAGAAAGCUUGGGAAAAUAGAGAGAACUGGCACUAGGAAGCAAGAGAGUGGAUACAUCUUGUUAUGA